AUGACACCUCUCCUAUGUCACAAUGAAGAAAGCUUGGCAUUGCUGCAAUUCAAGCGAAGCUUUGCCGUCGACAAGUCAGCUUCUUAUCAUCCCUCUGCUUAUCUGAAGACGAUAUCAUGGAAUCAACAAGGAAAGAAUCCAGACUGCUGCUUGUGGGAUGGUGUGGUGUGUGAUCAACGCACCGGCAGUGUCAUUAGCCUUGACCUCAGUAGUAGCCGCCUCUAUGGUUCUAUCAAUUCCAGCAGUAGCCUCUUCCAUCUAGGCCACCUACAAAGCCUUAAUCUUGCGGACAAUCAUUUCAACUUCUCCGAAAUUCCGUCCGGGUUUCGCAGUUUUCCAAGGCUAGCUCAUCUCAAUCUCUCCUCCUCCGUAUUCUACGGUAAGAUUCCAUUAGAAAUAGCAGAGUUGAGUAGAUUGAGAUCUCUUGAUUUGACUGGAAAUUUGGAUGCAUCAAAUGCAAAAAUGCUGGAGCUCACAAGUCCAGACCUGAUGUGGUUAGUUCAAAAUUUAACUCACAUUGAGAAACUACAUCUUAACAAUGUAGAUUUAUCUGCUCCAAUCCCUGAAAAGGUUGCAAAUUUGUCUUCAUUAUCAUCUCUUAGUCUCCGUAAUUGUGGCCUGCUUGGUAGAUUUCCGAUGGGAAUUUUUGAACUACCAAAUUUGCAGUUUCUCAAUUUGGGGGUGAAUAAAGAACUUGUUGGUCAUCUGCCUGAAUUUCACUGGAGCUCUCCUCUCAAGUUUUUAUUGCUUCGAGAAACAAAAUUCUCAGGUGAACUUCCUCCUUCAAUAGGAAACCUUCAUUCCUUUAUUGAAUUGAAUAUUCAUAUUUGCAACUUUUCGGGUCCAAUCCCUUCUUCCCUCGGUAAUCUUAGCAAGAUCACCUCCCUUGGACUCGGUGGCAAUAACUUCUUUGGCCAAAUCCCUUCUUCAUUGGCAAACCUUACACAACUUACCUCUUUCUCGAUUUCAGGCAAUGAUAAUUUUAGUUGUGAGUCCUUGUCCUGGCUUGAAAAGCAAACCAAAUUCCUUCGGUUGAACCUUGAGAAUUGCAAUAUAAGUGGUGAAAUCCCUCACUUUCUCAAAAACUUCACUCAACUCAAUCAUUUACAAUUCUGGUCUAAUCGUUUAAGAGGUCAAAUUCCACAUUGGCUAACAAACCUCACUCGGUUAGCCAACUUAGCCCUUGUUAAUAAUGAAUUCCACGGCCUUUUUCCUCAUCAACUUUCAGAACUUGUUAAUCUUGAAUAUAUAAAUUUGAGAGGAAAUCACUUGAGCGGCAUUGUUAAUCUAAACCCAUUUUUCAACCUCCAACACAUGGAAACCUUUGAUAUAUCAGAGAACGAUUUUACAUUGCUCCAUGUGACCAAUGCAAACGCUACUCUUGGAAAGUGGCGCCAGCUAGCACUCGACUCAUGCAACUUGAGGGAGUUCCCUGACUUCUUGAGGUACCAAGACAAUCUGGAGUUCUUGGGUCUCGUUGGAAAUAAAAUCCACGGCCAGAUUCCGAGCUGGUUAUGGAACAUAAGUAGAGAAACUUUGGAGUAUAUUGGACUUGAUUACAAUUUUUUGACUGCCUUUGAGCAACCAGCAUUGGUCUUGCGCCUUCGUAGUCUAAAAUUCCUAGGGCUAAAUUGUAACAAGAUCCAAGGUCCAGUCCCCAGACCACCACCUUCCAUUCUCAAGUAUCUCAUCUUUAACAACAGUUUCAGUGGAGAAAUUUCUUCAACCUUCUGCAAUCUACCUCAACUGUAUGGCCUUGAUUUGUCAUUCAACAACUUGAGUGGCAUGCUUCCGCAAUGUUUGUUCAACAAGCCGAACAAUCUGGAAAUACUACUUCUGGAUCAUAACUUCUUCCAUGGACUCAUUCCUGAAACAUUGACAAUUAGCAAUAAGUUGAAGAUGAUCAGUUUAGAGUACAAUGCACUGCAAGGAACAUUGCCGAGGUCAUUGGCGAAUCAUACAAUGAUAGAAUAUCUAAAUCUUGGCUACAAUCAGAUUAGUGAUGCAUUCCCCUAUUGGCUGGGAGCUCUGCAUAAUCUGCAGGUCCUCGUCUUGAGAUCCAACAAAUUUUUUGGUGCAGUUGGAAGCCCUGAAACAGGUUUCGAGUUCUCCAUGUUGCGGAUCAUUGAUAUCUCCUACAAUGGUUUCACCGGCAUUCUACCAUCUAAGUACUUUCAGAAUUGUAAUGUCAUGAAGAAUUCUGAUGUGGAUCAAUUUUCUUAUAUGAAGGAAACUGCAUAUUUGUCCGGCAUUACUAUGGAUUCCUAUUAUAAACUAACUUUGGUCAACAAAGGUGUCAGCUUGGAUUAUGAACAGAUACCAGAAGUCUUUGCAGCGAUUGAUCUUUCAAGCAACAAAUUUGAAGGGGAGAUCCCGGAAUCCAUUACAACUUUAAAGAAUCUCCGUUCACUUAACCUUUCCAACAACCGUCUCUCAGGCCACAUCCCAUUGGGUAUAGAAAACCUCACAGUGCUCGAAUCGUUGGAUUUUUCGAGCAACAUGCUUUCAGGAAAGAUUCCACUGGAGCUUGCACAACUCACAUCCCUUUCAUUCUUUAAUGUCUCUCAUAAUCAACUCAUAGGUCCUAUACCACAAGGAAAACAAUUUGCUACAUUUGAGAACAGUUCAUACAAGGACAACUUGGGAUUGUGUGGGAAGCCACUGUCGAAGUUGUGCGGAAAUUCAGGGGAGUCACCUCCAUCGCAUUCGACGGGUGAAGAUGAUCAGGGCUCAGGUGGUUCUUCAGCAUAUGUUUUGUGGAUGGUGGUUGCAAUAGGAUAUGCAGGUGGACUGAUUGUUGGAGUUGUCGUCGGACUCAGAUUCACCGCAUCAAAACAUGAAUGGUUUGUGGAAACCUUUGGCAGGAGGCAACAAAAAAGGAGAAGGCUGAGAAGAAGAGGACAUAGAGUUUGA